AUGAAAAAAGAGAUUGGCAAUGUAUUAUUUAAAUCAAUUAAUAAUAAAAAUAAUUCAAUUAGAUUAAUAACAUCAACUAAUAAUAGUAGUAAUGAAAAUGUGGGAUUAUUAGGUAUUAAAGAAUUAAAGACACCAAAAGGAUGGGAGGAUUUAUUUCAUAAAAAGAAUGAAAAGAUUAAUGAAAUUAGGGAUCAUAUAAUACCAAUUAAAAUCAAUCAAGAAUCAACCAUUGAGCAAUUAAAAGAGACAUUAUAUUAUAUUGAUGGGAUAUCUAGAGAAUUAUGUGACCUUAUGGAUCCUGCACAAUUCGUAAUGAAUGUCAUUCCCUACGGACCACAUAAAAUUGAGUCACAUAAAGCAUUCCUAAAGAUGAGUGACACUGUCAAUAGACUAAAUGCAAACUCUGAUCUCUAUCAACUACUAUUGGUAAUCAGGGACCACAAACACUAUCACCAAUUGCCAAACGAUCAUCAACUAUUUCUCAAUGAAAUGAUCAAAGAGUCUGAAGUGAAUGGCAUCAAUUUGAAACCAAAAGAGAAAUACGAAAUUAUGAAAUUAAAAGACGAGAUAUUUGCUCAAGGUUCAAUGUUUAUCGAACAAUCUUUAAACUCUUAUAAACAUCCUCCCAAUGUCACAUUAAAUAUUCCCUACUCCUCAUUGGUUGGUCAUUUACCUCUGAAAUACCUUCAACAAUUACCUCCAAAGAAACCAGAUGGUAAUGUACCAUUCAUACCAACCGAUUAUCUAGUGGCUGGUAUCUUAAAAUAUAUACCCGAUCCAAACAUUAGAUAUUCAGUUCACAGACUACAAUCCAUUUCAAAUUGUUAUGAUAGUGUAUUAAAUCAUUUAGUUCAAUUAAUUUCAAAACGUUAUCAAUUAGCAAAAACUUUAGGUUGUGAAAAUUAUUCAUUUUAUGAAUUAAAAAAUAAAUUAUUAAAAACUCCAACUCAAGAUUUAUCAAAAGAAUAUAAAGAAAAAUCAGAUGAAGAAUUAAAUAAAUUAAUAGAAAUUAAAAAAAGAAUGGAACCAAAUAAUCCAAAUAAUGAUAAAAUAUUUAGUUUUGAUUUACCAUUUUAUAAGAAUCAAAUGUCAAAAGAAUUUUAUAAAAGUCAUUCAUUAGAUAAAGAAGAACUUUCACAAUAUUUCACAUUGGAAAAUGUUUUAAAUGGUUUAAAUAUAAUUGUUAAUAAAUUAUUUAAUUCACAAUUAAAAAUUGUACCAAUGAAUAAUGGUGAAUCAUGGGAUAAAUCAGUUAUAAAGUUUAAUUUAUUAAGAAAUGAUGAAAAUAAAACAAUAUUAGGUAUAAUGUAUUUAGAUCCAUGGGAAAGACAAGAUAAAGCAACUGGUUGUGUAAAUCAUCCAAUUGGUUUAGGUUAUAAAAAAUUUAAAAUUUUAAAAAAUAAUUUAAAAAAUAAUUUAAAAAAUGAGGAUGAUGAUGAUGAUGAAUAUAAUGAUGAAUAUAAUUUACCAAAAUGUUCAAUUACAUGUUCAUUUACUCAAAAUAAUUUUAAUGAACCAUUGAAAUCAAAAUUACAACAUUCAGAUGUAGAGACGUUGUUUCAUGAAUUUGGCCAUGCGUUGCAUACUUUGAUGUCACGUUGUAAUUUUCAACAUUUGUGUGGUACAAGAGGUCCUACUGAUUUCAUAGAGAUACCAAGUACAUUGAUGGAGAAUUUCAGUUGGAAUCAAGAUUUACUUCAACAAUUUGCAAUUAAUUCAAUGGGUAAACCAAUAUCGAAUGAAAUGGUAACAAAUUUAAAAAAGACUAGAAAUUUAUUUCAAGGUAUUGAAACUCAAGAACAAAUUUCAUUGGCUUUCUUGGAUUUAAAAUUACAUACCGUAGAAACUGAUAAAAAUACAAGUACCAAUAUUGGUGAUACAAAUAUGUCACCUGCUCAAAUCUUAAGUACUUUACAUCAACAACAAAUUGGUAUUCAUGGUACAGUUUCAAAUUUCUUUUUAACCUCUUUUAAUCAUCUCUUUUAUUAUGGCGCUUCUUAUUAUAGUUACCUUUUGGCAAAAGAUUAUAGUAAACGUAUUUGGAUCAAUCAUUUUGAUUCUGGAAAACAAUUAAAUCUUGAAAAAGGUCAAUUUUAUCAACAAAAUUUUUUAAAACCUGGUGCUUCAAUUGAUCCUUCUUUAAUUUUAAAUAAAUUUAUAAAUAAAAAUAAAUAA